AUGGAAUGCAUCUAUAAAGUACAUGAUGCCAUUUCUGCAGCAUUCUAUGGUGUCGCUUUAUUUGGGUUUGUCAAAAUAAAAGAUCGAUAUGUGUUUGAGAAAAGGAAAAAGGCACACAUCACAUUCUCUGGAGAUCAUAUUCCUAGAGAAGAAAGUGCGUUGGUAUUCAGUAACCACCGUUCAUGGAUUGAUUAUUACAUGAUUCAUUCAGUGGCAAGUCGACGCAAUAUGCUCCAUAAUUGCAAGUACUUUGUCAAAGACUCGAUUAAAUGGUUACCGUUUUUUGGGUGGGGUAUGUGGCUUGCAGGAUUCGUAUUUGUCCGACGCAACUGGACAAAAGAUCAAAAAAAGAUCAAAAAAUCAUUUUCCAAAAUCAAACGUAUGAAAACGCCUGUCUGGAUUAUAAGUUAUCUUGAAGGAUCUCGUUUCACAACCGAAAAGAUGAUCGAGUGUCAAGCAUUCUCGAAAGAACGUGGGUUGCCAAUUUUGCAACAUGUCCUCACACCUCGCACCAAAGGCUUUGUAACCUGUGUACAAGAGUUUAGGAAUUCUCAUGUCAAGUGUGUUUAUGAUUUUACAAUUGCUUAUCGCCACAAUAUCAAGAACAACCCCUCUUCUGGGUUCCUUGAGGCUCCAUCAAUGGUCCGACUACACACACGCCGUUUAUCACCCGAGUACGAUUUCCAUGUCCACGUCAAACGAUUCAUGAUUGACGAACUUCCAGAGGAAGAAGAUGCAUUGUCAGGCUGGGUAAUGGAACGUUACGUCGAGAAGGAUCGUUUCUUAGCAUCUCUGAAGGAUGAUUGGUUGAAAGGACAAGAAAUAGAUUUAUGUAUCAAGUAG